GAGAAUGCCAGAGAGGUCUAUUGAGAAGAUGUUUAAAGUUGAAUACUUCUUCAUCCAGUUCUGUCAUUUCAGCUCUAACACAGCAGCUGCAGUAACUGCGCUGGUUUGCUUUGUGUUUGUGUGAUUUGUCUUUCAACAAAAUGCAGUUUUCGUAACUUCAUCACUGCCUCCAAUCAUUCACAUUUGAAUCCAGUGCUUGCAGGUCCAGCUGAUGCAGCAGCUCAGUAGAUCUCCUCUGUAUUUUCUGUUCCUUGCAAACACAGUGAUUGCUUGUAGCUACUCAGAGUUCCUUGAAAGUCAGUGGGAACUCUGCUGUGACUUAAGAAAAGAGGCUUAAUUGCAAACUCUUGCAUGCUCUGUUUAUUGUCAUGUCUGUAGAUCUGGUCUAAUUAGCAAGCCAAGCAAACUGUUUUGUUCAUUUCUAUUCAGCUGCAGGCUGCAUUAGUGUUCCUUUUACUUACUGAUAGUUUUAUGUGUGUUUGCAUCCCUAUCAAUACUUCUGUUGGUUUGCCAGUAAGCAAAGCAGGGAAGUUGGAUUAGUCUAAAUGAAAUUGAAUGCAAUCACAGUUCCUGCUUGUUUUUAAUCUUGACACACGAGCCUGCUCAAUGUAAUUGGUCCUACAGAGAAAAGGGGAAACCAGCCGUGCUGUAGUGGGUGCAGGCUUCCAGUAUCUCCUUUGGGAUUUGGAGCCCUGUUUGGAUCAGUGAUCAGUUUGCUCUCGUGAUGAGAUUCUGAAAUGAAAGAACAACCCAGUUGUAUUAGAAUUUGUAGGGAAAAUAAUAUAGUAAUACCUCUUAGGCCUGCAGACUUGUCUUGUUGACUUAUGACUUAUGAGCUGCUCACAUUUGCAAAGCGAGCGGAGAAGUUGAUUCGUGCAUACAAGAAACAACAAACAAGUUGGAGGUAAGCUGAAACCAGAGUACCUCAGCCACCAGUCUCUGUCUCACUCCUUUUUCUUUGUUUCCCCCUCCCCUUUAUAAUUUGGAAUGAAUUUAGGGACUGACAGAUGUUAAAGAAUUGCACUUCUUUGAGCAGCAACCUUCCACACAAAACCUGAACCACGAAAACAUGCCUCUGAGAAGCCUUGCUACACAUUGAACUACAAGAACAAAAUGGUGCUGUGUUCAAAGCCAGUAAAGCUGGGCUCUGACCAAGGGCAGAACUCCUGAUGUCAGUGAACAGCUUUGGUUGUUAGCAGGCAGUGUUUGCCUGCCUGCAGGAGGCUGCAGCGCGUCCACCUGCACAGCUUUGCAUGUUUCAAAAGAUGUUUGCAGAGCAGCUUUGUGUAUUUUCCAGGUCACUUAUCUCACCAACUGAAAGAAAAUGGGGGCUCCAGGAAUCUGCUCUCAACAGUACCAAACUCCUGAGGAGGUUGCUACAAAGAGGCGACUCUUAUCAUUGGGGGAUGCUUUGAAUGAUCUUUUGUUUCUAUUCACACGUGUGUGUGCAGAAACGUGGAAUUGUCUUUGGAUUUUGGAUUGCGGGUGGGUUUCAGGAAUCCAGAAGGUUGUCUCUCCUCUGUCAAUAUUUGUGCCUGGUUAAUGAUCAACCUCAUGACCUCACGGCGCUUCCUGGUGCGCAUCCAAAUCUCUUUCCUGUCGCCCCUAAAAAAUAAAAGAAAAAGAAGUGAGUAUAAAUGCACGUUUCUGUGUAAAAGCGAAUGCAUUCUGGAUCCUGUUUUUUGGCAGAUGACACAGAUAGCAAAGAGGCUGGCUGCCCAUUGCUGGUGCUGUGGCAGCUCACCCAUCUCAUCUCAUUCACCUUUUCCCUCUGAAGGAAAGUCGGAGUUUUCCAAAUGCCCACUGAGAUGGAGAGCAGCUCCUCGCUGGCGAUGUUCAUCCUGCUGAUGUGCUCCAUCAACAGCAGCUGUCCAUACUCAUAUUCAGUGUUCAUGAGGAAAGAUGCAGCGCAUGAGGUGCUGAGGGUCCACAAACGUGCCAACUAUUUUCUAGAAGAGAUCCGCCCAGGGAACUUGGAGAGAGAAUGCAAUGAGGAGAAGUGCUCAUUUGAGGAGGCAAAGGAGAUCUUCCAUUCGCAGGAGAAAACGAUGGAGUUUUGGUUCAACUACAAAGGUUUAAAUCCAUGCACUACAAAUCCUUGUAAGAAUGGGGGAGUUUGCAAAAUAAGACGCUACAGUUACUUUUGCAUCUGCCCCCCGAAAUUUGGAGGAGACAACUGUGAAAAAGAGAAGUUGGAGUGCUGGUACAAGAACGGUGGCUGCUGGCAGUACUGCUGGGACAGCAGCUCCUUCCAGGUGCAGUGCUCCUGUGCCAAGGGCUACACCCUGCACGAGGACGGGAAGAAGUGCGUGCAAACAGCCCCGUUUCCAUGUGGCCUGAUCAGAGCCCGGCGUGCCUUGGAGGAAGCGCGGCACGAGGUGGCCACGUGGAACAGCAGCACAACUCCUGCAGUUAAACAGGCCAAGGGGAAGCAAAGUGCUGCCGGGGAAAAGGAAGCUCUAAAGGAUGCAUCUGGGCAAAGCACAGCCGUGGAGGACGAUGCUGGGCAGGAAGGUGGGGACCCCAAUCAGCAGCCCACAGAGGGACCGGCCUGGCAGAAUGAGACAGCGGCUGUCAUGCAGGAGGAAAUGGUGGAGAAAACUUCUGGGCAGAACCAGAGCGGGCAGAGCAGCGGGCAGGACAAGACAGGGGCAGUGCAGCACGUGCCUGGGGGUCUCCAUGCCAGUGACAAUGCAGAAGUCUCAGCCACACCUCAGUGCCCCCAGAGGAACACCAGCACCCCCACAGAGCACAGAGACUCCAGGAUAACUGGAGGAACGUUGUGUCAUCGGGGACAGUGCCCCUGGCAGGUUUUGAUCCGUGACAGCAGAGAUAUUGGUUUCUGUGGAGGGAGUUUGAUCAACAGCCGCUGGGUGAUCACAGCUGCUCACUGCCUCGAUCUUGUCAGACCUCACCACGUGACCAUAGGUGACUUCGACAAGUACCAGAGAGAACUGAAGGAGCAGAAGAUAGGUGUGGAACGGAGCUGGACGCAUCCGCACUACGAUUCCAACAACUACGACGGGGACAUCGCCCUGCUGUACCUGAGCAGCGAGGUGGUUUUUAACGAUUACGCCAUUCCCAUCUGCCUGCCCAGCCCCAAGCUGGCAGCCCUGCUGGCCGAGGAAGGACGAGUGGGGAUGGUGAGCGGCUGGGGCGCCACGCACAGCCGGGGCUCCACGCUGCGCUUCCUCAUGCGGGUGCGGCUGCCCGUUGUGAGCAUGGACACGUGCCAGCAGGCCACGCACAGGCUGGUGACAGACAACAUGUUCUGUGCUGGGUACGGCACCGAAGCUGCGGAUGCCUGCAAGGGCGACAGCGGAGGCCCGUUUGCUGUGUCUUACCACAACACUUGGUUCCUGCUGGGCAUCGUAAGCUGGGGUGACGGCUGUGCUGAAAGGGGAAAAUAUGGCGUGUACACCAGAGUGUCCAACUACCUCCCCUGGAUUAAGGAGACUGUUGAAAGCGUGGCGGAUUCAGAAAAGUUUUCCAUUAAUUUUUCCUAAGAGCGGCCUUAAAAAUAGGGACAAUUCUUGUAUUACAGCUGUCCCUGAUGCUGAAAGCCAAGUUUGUCUUUAAAGGAAUGCCGAGUCUCAAUUUACCAUGAUUUGUUGAAUUGCUCAGUAAAUAUUACUAAGCAAAACAACACAUGUAAUAAAGAACAAUGCAAUAACAAAGGCAACAACUGAACUUCCUUCUGAAGAUGGUGGUAGAAAGGAGAGCUGGGCUGGCUGUUCUUUUGCUUCUCACACCUACACUCACAUCACACAGGGGCUGACUGCUCAGAAAAGGAAGCACGUGGCAGGCUGUGCGCUCUGGCUGUGCAGCAGCAGGUUGGUGCAGGGAUCAUGGAUCAAGGAAGUUCUGCAGCGUGUGCCUGCUGCUUCAAGUACAACUCAAUUCACUGAAAUAGCAGUUGUUGCUGAUUAGAAUCUUUACUACAAGCUGUUCCAGCUGCACUGCUUGGGAGAGAGACUAUACAAGUGGAGCUACAGAACACAGACCUGCAGGCAUAGCACAGAAUGAAGGGCCAAUUUUUACACCCUUUUCCUGAAGGAAAAACAUACACUUAUUAAUUCUUGAGACCCCCCCCCACUCCCUGUUAUACAUCAAUUCUCUCUCCCAGUGUUUGCUGCAAACCAGCACACACAGGUGUAUGCUGCAGUUAGCAGGUGGUCUUUUCCACCCAUCUCCAAAGAUAUUCUCACUUUGUCACCUUUCCUACAAUCUUCCAGCAGGCUCCCAUAAAAAACAAGUCUUACUCAUUAUCAGCUCUUCUCUUCAGCUUCAUGGACACCAGGGGGCCUGUAGUUAACAAAACUCUUGAGAUAAAUACCCCCGGUGCCUGAUGUGUGCAGUACCAUAACUGCAAUAAAGCUUGGUGGUUGCAGGGGGAGGGCUGGGAAAGCCAGUCUGACCCACAGACCUUCAGGGCCAAAUGGAACCAGGAUGUGAAUACAGUUCAUUGACUUUCACAGAGCUUCACCUGCCACUAUGGCAAUAAGGAAUCCAGCCUGUCAGUCAAUUCUUAAUUAAAAAGAAAAAAGAACAUAACUUUGGAACAGCAGGCAUAAGAUGACACACACCUGAGUUACAUAAAUAGGAUUACUUACUUGCUCUUACCAUGCAUGCAAGUGGAAUUCCUUCAACAGUGCAUGCAUCCUUCACUGUUUGCUUAAAGAUCACAUCCCCCUCCUGGCUAACAAAGGCAGAUCUCAAGUGCAAGCAUCAUCUUCUUACACUCUUCUCUGUUAUUGCCUCCAGCUGACCCUGAGCGCCUUCUGGGUCAGUGCACACUGAGACCCACCUGAAACAAGCCGAGCUCCACCCAGGCAAUCUAAGUGCACAGCACACAGUGCCCAGCCACUUCAGCAGCCUCAAGAGCCUUCACUCCAAAGUCUGGUUUACUGUAGAAUGCUACUGUGUGCUUCACAGCAAAGCCCUCCAGCUGCAGCUGCCUGAUCUCCAGCAGCAGGCACCAGUGGAGGCUGUGCUCAGGGCACAGCAUGGAUCCUGGCUCAGUAACAGCAUCACCUCACUUACAGCGAGCAGUUCUGCUGGAAGCUGCUGGGUUUUCAAUAGUUGGCCUCCGCUGGUCCUCUCCUGAGCUCUGCACCACACACUCAUGACAAAAGAAGUCCUUCAAGAGGAAGAUGGUCAGUAUUUCUGUUGUGCAGAUCUCCAAAGACAGGAAAACUGAUUAAUAUUUAAAAAGCACCGAACACAUAAGAAAUGGAAAACAAGAAACAAAUCGCCAUCAUC